ACAUCACAUCCAAGACACUAGCAGGCAACGUGCCUGAAAACUGUCCAAAAUAAACUGAAAUAUUUCGGCAAAAGUGUGUGCGGACUUGUAUAUAUCAUAGGUAGCGAAUACCGUCUGCAAGCUACCGGAUAAACAGACAACGGAAUGGGGCACUUGGGAAGACGAGCAAGGAAGAAGAAAAAGAAAAUGACUACUGAGAGUUUGACCCUUUGUCAUGAAUCUCGGUUUGUGGAGCUGCGGAGAUGGCUGAAAGAGAGAGGUUUCAAAUCUAAACUCCUUAUCCCAGCGCACUUCAGCGAUACUGGAAGGGGACUAAUGGCCACUUCUCCCAUCAAGGUCAAUGAUAUGCUGAUUUCCUUGCCUGAGCGCUGCCUGUUGACCACCAGCACUGUUCUCAGGAGCUACUUGGGAGAAUACAUAAAGAGGUGGAAGCCUCCAGUGUCUCCUGUGCUCGCUCUCUGUGCCUUCCUGAUUGCUGAAAGGCAUGCUGGGAGUUUGUCCAAGUGGAAGCCCUACAUCGACGUUCUGCCUCAAGCCUACAACUGCCCUGCCUACUUCUCUGAUGAGGUCAUCAACCUGUUGCCUUCUGGGCUGAGGGCCAAAGCUCAGGACCAGAAGGAGAGAGUCUGGGAGCUUCAUUCCUCCGCUGCUACCUUCUUUGCUUCUCUGCAACCGCUCCUCCAAGAGCCAGUAGUGACUGUGUUUUCCCAUGAUGCAUUGCGGUGGGCAUGGUGCAGUGUGAACACACGGACCGUGUACAUGAGGCACCCCCAGAGCCCUCACCUCUCCACAGAACUGGAUGUUUAUGCACUGGCUCCUUACCUGGAUCUGCUCAACCACUGUCCCAAAGUACAGGUUACAGCUGAGUUCAGUCAGGCAAACAGGUGCUACGAGAUCAGGAGUGUUCAGGGAUGCAGGAAGUUCAACCAGGCCUUCAUCUGCUACGGACCACACGACAACCAGCGACUGCUUUUAGAAUAUGGCUUUGUUGCCCCCAGCAAUCCACAUGCUGUGGUUUAUGUCGACCUCGGUACUCUGAAGCUGUGCUUCAAUGACUGGGACAAACAGCUGCCACAGAAACUUCUCUUCCUGAAGGAGCAUGACUUUCUCAUGAACUUGACCUUUGGCCUGGAUGGACCCUCCUGGAGACUGAUGACCGCCCUCAGGCUUCUCUCCCUUAAGCCAGAGCAAUAUGCAUGCUGGAAAACUGUCCUCUUGGGGGCGGCAGUGAGCAAGGAUAGAGAGGAGUGGACUACUCAAACAGCUCUCAUGCUCUGCAAGAUCCUUUUGGGGGAAAGCAGCAUGGCUUUAGAGAGGCUAUCCCACCUUAAACAAGGGGCAGGCUCCUCCAUGACUGAGCAGUUGUCUGUGGUGGAAUUCCUUCGCCGCGAGGAACAGGCGAUUCUGGGGCAUUCACAGGAACUUCUGGGUCUCUAACAGCAACCGUUGCCAUGCCAAUCGAGCUCCGCAUAAAAACCAUGCGGGCUAAGGGUACAAACUGGCUACCAACUCUGUGCGUGUUGUUGCAAAUCUUGGGCCUUGUCCCUUUGCCAAGCCAUGAGGGCAUGAAUAUGGCUCCCUUGGCACAAGACUUUUCCAAUUCAACAAAGUGCCCAGGGAAUCCAGGGCGUACAGGCAGGCCAAGGCACUUUCUCUCAGGCAGUGAAAGGCUACACUGUGCUGGCAAAGACCUGCCCUUUCCUCCCCACCAGUUGAGCAUAUGCUUGUCAAGAUGAGGAGGAGGCUGCAUAGAUGUGGAAAUAUAGGCUAUGUAUGAAGAGGAAGAAAAAAACCGACACGCUUAUACAGUCGUGAGAGUGCCAGCCCAGUAUGUGGGUGUCUGUUAAUGAAACCAGUGGGGACAAUCUGUUGUGCUAAUUUGUGCUAACAUGAGCCAUAUCAAGGUAAAGUCAGGAGGUUGUUUUCCAUGGGGAAGGAAAAUGUGGGUUAUCCGGAUUUUCUGUGUUAUACUCUAAGGAACAGAGCAGAAAUGUAACCUGUUUUCUACCCUCGAGAAACUUGAGAACACUGAAGGAACACUGAGGAUUGCCAUUGUAAUGUACUAUCACUUUUAUAUUAAAUGAAGAGCUUGUCAUUUCAAAAA